UCACACUACUCGUCUGCCUCUCUUUCGACUCUGUUUCCUUUUCCAACUUGACAUUUCCGGUCUCGUCUCCCCUCUUGUUUUCUUUAUAUAUCUAUCUAGCUUCGUUUCGGGUUCAUUCAACCAAUUUCACACAGCUGUUGUCUAGCUUCAUCAUUCUGGUAUAGGAAAGGAAAGCCUUCCCCAUUGACCCCUGCCGGCCGUUUGUUUUUCUUGGUCAAGUCGAGAUAUAUUUGCUUCAAGAGCCUUGAUUGAUAUGGACUACUCCUCAGCUGCUGCUUCUGCAUGUGAUAUCGAUACUUCUCUGGAUCUUAACACCAGGCCUCUCCGGCUUUUCGAUGAUUCUCCUCCGAUCAAGAAAGAGGUGCAUAGCAAGAUUUUGAUCGACUUUGGGAGGGAGCUUUCUGCAAAAGAAGAGAGUGGUGCUUUGGUAGAGGAAUUGCACCGGGUGAGUUCCGAAAACAAGAAGCUAACAGAAAUGUUAACGAUGAUGGGUGAGAGCUACAAUGCUCUGAGAAGCCAAUUGUUGGAGUACAUGAACAAGAACCCAGAGAAGGAGCUUAGUCCAGUCUCCAAGAAAAGAAAGUCUGAAAGCAGUAACAAUAACAACAAUAGUGGUAACAACAUCCUAAAUGGCAUCAACAAUGGAAACUCUGAGAGCAGCUCCAGUGAUGGAGAAUCAUGCAAGAAGCCAAGAGAAGAGACCAUCAAGGCCAAAAUUUAUAGGUCUUAUGUCAGGACCGAACCAUCCGAUAUGACAAGCUUGGUUGUGAAAGAUGGAUUUCAAUGGAGAAAAUAUGGCCAAAAAGUUACAAGGGACAAUCCUUGUCCUAGAGCUUACUUCAAGUGCUCUUUUGCUCCAACCUGCCCAGUCAAAAAGAAGGUUCAAAGAAGUGUCGAGGACCAAUCAAUUCUGGUGGCAACUUAUGAAGGUGAACACAACCAUCCCCACCCUUCUCAAAUCGAAGCAUCAUCGGGCUCAAACCGCUGCAUGACCUUAGGAUCAGUCCCCUGCUCAACCUCUCUUGGCUCCUCCGGACCAACCAUCACUCUUGACUUGACAAAAUCCAAGUCCAAUACUACUGAUACCAAGAGCCCCAAACAAAAAACUGAAACACCAGAAGUUCGAAAGUUUUUGGUGGAACAAAUGGCGUCUUCCUUGACCAAAGAUCCCAACUUCACCAAAGCACUUGCAGCAGCCAUAUCAGGAAGGAUUCUUCAGCAAAAUAGUUACUGAUAGAAGAACUGGUUUAGCCAAUCAAGAAGAAUGAUUUUUUUUCACUUUGAAGAUUAGGUGUAUUUGUAAAUACAACAUUGAAAAAGAGGAACGUAAACGUUCGACUUCACUUCACUCUCAGCUCAUGCGGCUAAAUUUUCUCCCAAACUUGAACUGUAAUUUUGAAAAUUCAAUACAACAAUGCUUGGCUAUAAAGCGAUCUAUAAGUGUUGAUCUAGCAUAGAGGUGUUGAUGAAAAUGUUUGUGCUUUUAAAAUUUGUACUCUUUUCCCAAAAGAAUUCAGCAAUGGUAGAAAGACCACAAUUUCAGAUUUACUCCUAUUGAAUUGAAGCCUAAUGACUUCAAUUCUUUUUCUCACAUAUC